AUGAUAACAAACCUUCAGUUUGCAGAUGAUACUUUAUUAUUUGUGGAUGCUACAACAGAUGAAAUAAGAAGGUUGUUGUUAAUUCUGAGUACUUUUGAGCUUCUCACUGGUAUGAAAUUGAAUCUGGAAAAAAGUUCUAUGGUUAGUGUGGGAGUAGAUGAGCUGGUGGAGGAGUUGGCUUUAGAACUGGGAUGUAGAGUGGAAAAAUUGCCUUUUAAAUAUUUGGGGUUGCCUGUUGGAGCUACUGCUAGGAAUGUUACUGUUUGGGAGGAUGUAAUUCGAAGAAUGGAGAGGAAGUUGGUCCCUUGGAAAAACAAAUAUCUUAAUAAGGAUGGCAGAUUGGUUCUCAUUAAGAGCUGUCUUUCAAGUCUUCGAAUUUAUUUUUUGUCUCUCAUCAAAAUGCCUGCAAUGGUAGUUGAGAUUAACAAGGUUGAUGAGAAGGUUUUUAUGGGAUGCAAAUGA